AUGGACGAAACCAUGAAAGCAGUCGAUAUCAAAGGGGGUAGAGGACCCAAAGAAAACCUGUACAUCAGGUCAGAUAUGCCGAAACCCAUUCCCGGUGAGGGAGAGGUGCUUGUGAAGGUCAAGGCGUUUGGAAUAAAUCGUAUGGACACCAUCCAACGCCAAGGGGACUACCCUUUACCGCCACAGGCGCCCAAGACCCUUGGUGUUGAGUUCAGCGGCACCAUUCAUGCUUUCGGCCCGGGCAGUCAUGGCCUGUUCAAACAAGGCGAUGAGGUUUUCGGAUUAGCCUACGGAGGUGCCUACGCUGAAUUCAUCGCUGUGAAUCAUCAAAUGUUGCUGCACAAGCCUACGAGUUUGACAUGGGAACAAGCUGCCGGGAUUCCUGAAACUUGGAUUACCGCUACACAGGCUCUCUUUCUCGUCGGGGAAUUCGCCGCAGGCAAGACAGUGCUCUGGCACGCUGGGGUAUCAGGCGUCUCUAUUGCCGGCAUUCAACUUGCCAAGGACGCUGGCGCAGCUGCUGUAUAUGCUACAGCUGGAUCCCGCGCAAAAUGCGAUUUCGUUGUCCGUGAGAUUGGAGCAACAGCAGCCUUUGAUUACAAAACAGAAGACUGGGUGGCACGUAUAAAGGAGACAACUAACGGUAACGGGGUGGAUGUUAUCAUCGACUUCAUCGGUGGCAGUUAUUUUCAAAAAAAUCUUGACGUUGCGGCCCGGGACGCUCACAUCGUCCAAUUAGGCUUACUAGGGGGGAGUAAGAUUGGUGAUGCAGAUAUCGAGCAACUGCUCUAUAAGAGGAUUCGAAUCGAGGGGAGCACAUUACGAAGUAGAGAGAUUGAGUAUCAGGGAAAGCUACGGGAUAGGCUGGAAGAGUAUAUCCCUCACUUUGAAACAGGCGACCUCAAGGUAGUGAUCGAUACAGUACUACCAUGGGAGGAGAUACAAAAGGCACACGGUAUGUUAGAGGCAAACUCUACCUCGGGGAAGAUCAUCUGCACUAUCUCAUAA